AUGAAAGGGUGGUCCAAGAAAGAAGACGAGGACAGUGUAGUUUUUGAGUUUUUUCAAUCACCUUAUACCCUACUGAAGCUUUCCUUGGCAGUUGUUUCUGGACUUAACUUUUCUGUUGCUGUAUACAACUGGUUUUUACGAGAUGACCAUUAUAUAUACAGUGAUCACAAGAGAUCAUUAAAGUUCACAUCAAUCUCCACCUUGAUGACCACUUUGGAAAGUGCUCGAAUUUGUGAAGGUCUAAAUAAAGAGGAACACAUUGUCUCCCUGUGUGAAGAUCCCAGUCCCACCUGUGGUUCCAGCAGUGUGAUGCGACAUACAAUCCCAAUUGAGCGGAAAUUGUAUGAAGAGGAUCGUCCACCAUUUCAGACUCGUGUGUUUAUCAGGUCUGAACAUUGUGAAUUGCUUUGCAAUGACAUUUCCUGUUCUAAAUGUAUCCAGAAGGAAAAAUCCCUCUGCAAAAUGAAAUCGAGUACAUCAAAGAAAACGACUGAGCCUCUCAAGGGUAAUGCACCCCUGACUGGUUCAAGUAAGGAGAGGUUAAUUGCCACUGUCCAAAAGCAAAGGCUGGUAUGUAAGGAGCUUGAGGGUCGAAUAGCUGAACUAGAGAAGGAAAUUGAGAGUAACAGCAUCCCCAUUGAUGAAACGAUGGAAAAGGAUAUCUUGGCCAUUCUUGCAGAUAGAAGUGAUGAAGUUACCCCACACAUGAAAGUUUUCUGGGAGCAACAAAGGAAACUACUGGCAAUGCCAAAAUUUGGAAGGAGGUAA